GAUUUUCAGCACCCACGUUUGACAAGUUUGCUUUAUAUAAUGUAGUAGAUUAAACAUAAAGUGUAUCUCUAGAAGCUUCUAUGCAACAAGGCUAGAGGUUUGUUUGGUGUGCUAUCUUCACAUCAUGAUUCGUGUACUUUGUUACCUUCUCUGUUUCGGUGCGUUCGGUGUGUCUGGUCAGACAGUGUCUGGUGAACCAAGCAUAACACCAGAACAGACGAACUCUGCGCCUGAAGAGACGGACAAUGAUUCCAAAGUUACUGACGUUAUUGGCGAUUUAAGUGAUUUACAGAACAAAAUACUUUUGAACAAAGCGGUGCAAGAGGCUGCAAAAUGGACACCCGUCAUUUCACCAGUGGCAGGUGUUUUCGGUCGAGACACGGAGAACGUAGAAAAGUCACAAAAUACCAAUAAAAAACAAUUAGAGCCAUGGGGCAGACAACUUGAAAAAGAAGAAGAUCCACUAAACGCCUAUCAAAAACGAUUCGAUUACUGGGGCAGACAACUAGAGAAUGUAGAAGAACAAACAAGGUUUAUUUUAGGCAGAGAUGCUGAAAAGAUGGAAUCUGAACUGAACAACAAACAAAGAAAGUUUAUUUUAGGCAGAGAUGCUGAAAACAUGGAAUCUGAACUGAACAACAAACAAAGAAAGUUUAUUUUAGGCAGAGAUGCUGAAAACAUGGAAUCUGAACUGAACAACAAACAAAGAAAGUUUAUUUUAGGCAGAGAUGCUGAAAACAUGGAAUCUGAACUGAACAACAAACAAAGAAAGUUUAUUUUAGGCAGAGAUGCUGAAAACAUGGAAUCUGAACUGAACAACAAACAAAGAAAGUUUAUUUUAGGCAGAGAUGCUGAAAACAUGGAAUCUGAACUGAACAACAAACAAAGAAAGUUUAUUUUAGGCAGAGAUGCUGAAAACAUGGAAAAUGAACUGAACAACAAACAAAGAAAGUUUAUUUUAGGCAGAGAUGCUGAAAAUAUGGAAAAUGAACUGAACAACAAACAAAGAAAGUUUAUUUUAGGCAGAGAUGCUGAAAACAUGGAAAAUGAACUGAACAACAAACAAAGAAAGUUUAUUUUAGGCAGAGAUGCUAAAAAUAUGGAAAAUGAACUGAACAACAAACGAAGAAAAUUUAUUUUAGGCAGAGAUGCUGAAAACAUGGAAAAUGAACUGAACAACAAACAAAGAAAAUUUAUUUUAGGCAGAGAUGCUGAAAACAUGGAAUCUGAACUGAACAACAAACAAAGAAAGUUUAUUUUAGGCAGAGAUGCUGAAAAUAGUGAAAAUGAAUUGAACAACAAACAAAGAAAAUUUAUUUUAGGUAGAGAUGCUAAAAACAUGGAAAAUGAACUGAACAACAAACAAAGAAAGUUUAUUUUAGGCAGAGAUACUGAAAACAUGGAAAAUGAACUGAACAACAAACAAAGAAAGUUUAUUUUAGGCAGAGAUGCUGAAAACAUGGAAAAUGAACUGAACAACAAACAAAGAAAAUUUAUUUUAGGCAGAGAUGCUGAAAAGAUGGAAUCUGAACUGAACAACAAACAAAGAAAGUUUAUUUUAGGCAGAGAUGCUGAAAACAUGGAAUCUGAACUGAACAACAAACAAAGAAAGUUUAUUUUAGGCAGAGAUGCUGAAAACAUGGAAUCUGAACUGAACAACAAACAAAGAAAGUUUAUUUUAGGCAGAGAUGCUGAAAACAUGGAAUCUGAACUGAACAACAAACAAAGAAAGUUUAUUUUAGGCAGAGAUGCUGAAAACAUGGAAUCUGAACUGAACAACAAACAAAGAAAGUUUAUUUUAGGCAGAGAUGCUGAAAACAUGGAAUCUGAACUGAACAACAAACAAAGAAAGUUUAUUUUAGGCAGAGAUGCUGAAAACAUGGAAAAUGAACUGAACAACAAACAAAGAAAGUUUAUUUUAGGCAGAGAUGCUGAAAAUAUGGAAAAUGAACUGAACAACAAACAAAGAAAAUUUAUUUUAGGCAGAGAUGCUGAAAACAUGGAAUCUGAACUGAACAACAAACAAAGAAAGUUUAUUUUAGGCAGAGAUGCUGAAAAUAUUGAAAAUGAAUUGAACAACAAACAAAGAAAGUUUAUUUUAGGCAGAGAUGCUGAAAACAUGGAAAAUGAACUGAACAACAAACAAAGAAAAUUUAUUUUAGGCAGAGAUGCUGAAAACAUGGAAAAUGAACUGAACAACAAACAAAGAAAGUUUAUUUUAGGCAGAGAUGCUGAAAACAUGGAAAAUGAACUGAACAACAAACAAAGAAAGUUUAUUUUAGGCAGAGAUGCUAAAAAUAUGGAAAAUGAACUGAACAACAAACAAAGAAAAUUUAUUUUAGGCAGAGAUGCUGAAAACAUGGAAAAUGAACUGAACAACAAACAAAGAAAAUUUAUUUUAGGCAGAGAUGCUGAAAACAUGGAAUCUGAACUGAACAACAAACAAAGAAAGUUUAUUUUAGGCAGAGAUGCUGAAAAUAGUGAAAAUGAAUUGAACAACAAACAAAGAAAAUUUAUUUUAGGUAGAGAUGCUGAAAACAUGGAAAAUGAACUGAACAACAAACAAAGAAAGUUUAUUUUAGGCAGAGAUACUGAAAACAUGGAAAAUGAACUGAACAACAAACAAAGAAAGUUUAUUUUAGGCAGAUAUGCUGAAAACAUGGAAAAUGAACUGAACAACAAACAAAGAAAAUUUAUUUUAGGCAGAGAUGCUGAAAACAUGGAAAAUGAACUGAACAACAAACAAAGAAAGUUUAUUUUAGGCAGAGAUGCUGAAAACAUGAAAAAUGAACUGAACAACAAACAAAGAAAGUUUAUUUUAGGCAGAGAUGCUGAAAACGUGGAAAAUGAACUGAACAACAAACAAAGAAAAUUUAUUUUAGGCAGAGAUGCUGAAAACAUGGAAAAUGAACUGAACAACAAACAAAGAAAGUUUAUUUUAGGUAGAGAUGCUGAAAAUAUGGAAAAUGAAUUGAACAACAAACAAAGAAAAUUUAUUUUAGGUAGAGAUGCUGAAAACAUGGAAAAUGAACUGAACAACAAACAAAGAAAGUUUAUUUUAGGCAGAGAUGCUGAAAACAUGGAAUCUGAACUGAACAACAAACAAAGAAAAUUUAUUUUAGGCAGAGAUGCUGAAAACAUGGAAAAUGAACUGAACAACAAACAAAGAAAGUUUAUUUUAGGCAGAGAUGCUGAAAACAUGGAAAAUGAACUGAACAACAAACAAAGAAAGUUUAUUUUAGGCAGAGAUGCUGAAAACAUGGAAAAUGAACUGAACAACAAACAAAGAAGGUUUCUUUGGGGCAGAGAUGCUAAAAACAUGGAAAAUGAACUGAACAACAAACAAAGAAGGUUUCUUUUGGGCAGAGAUGCUGAAAACAUGGAAAAUGAACUGAACAACAAACAAAGAAGGUUUCUUUGGGGCAGAGAUGCUGAAAAAAUGUAAGCUGAUCUGAACAACAAUUUAAGAAGGUUAAUUCCUUUUUCUGGAAGAGAUAUUUAAUCCUUGGAAGUAAAAUUGAACUGCAACCAAAGACCUUCAUUCUAUAGUUUUAAUAAAUAAAAUAAGUAAAUAUAAUUGUAUCUAACAAAAAUAAAAUUUAUUAAUAAAAAAAAAAACAA